AUGUCUGACGCUCCAGAGUCGUCGCCCAGGCGUCCAACGAGCGCCCACGCUACCUCUCACCUUCAAUACCCGACCCUCCCGCCGCUAAGUGCUUCUGUGGAAGAGUGGUUAUCCCGGUCACGUCCUGCCAAUACCAUGUCCUCCGAUAGACUGUUGGAACCCUCGCCUAAGUCUUUGGGUGACAGCUGGGCAACGCUCAGCUUGUCAGACCUACAUUCCGAGGAUGGCAGUCGCUCGGAGCAGACGGAUAUGGGCUCUUUGAUAGACCAAGCCACCCCGGAUGAUGUGGCCAGUCUGGAUGAACGCUAUAGCAGCAGUGACGUCGGUGAUCCAGACCAAGAUGAUACCCCCGAAGACGAUUAUGACGACGAAUACGAAGACGGCCAACCUAGGACCUACGACACGAGCUCUCAACAUUUUCCAGGCUUGUUCAGCCCCAGUAAGACCAUCGACGAUAGCAACAUGACUGCCAGACCCACCCACGGAUCGCAGAUGGAUUCGAUCGAGUUUGUGGAGCCCGAGAAAUGGCCUGAGAUGCAGCGGGUAGAACUCAAACAUACUAUCCACGUCUUUGAAGAGCCGGAAGCUUCGGAGAUGAGAGCUCGUCUGCCAUACUGUUCGCCUGAAUCCAUUCUUAUGGUGACCGUCCAGCAGACCAUGACACAACAGAGUCUGGCGAUAGACAAGCCCUUCCGUGUCCUGUACAUAGGGCAGUCGGAUUGCCGGAAUAUUAUCCUAGACAAGCUUGGUGAUAUUCUCGUGUCGAGCUCGUCCUCAGGAUCACAAACCAGCUCUGCUGAAUCCUCCCGAUAUCAUGUUGUACCAACUUCGUUCGGAGCUGGAGCGAUACCCAACUUUGCAGAGCUUCUCCCCAUUCAUGUUCAGCUUGUGGUCGACGAAUGCGUGGGGGCUGCAGAGACUCUCCAUGGAAGCCAACCUGGAAAUCUGAAUUUGUCAUUCAAAAAUAGGCCCUCGUGUCUAUCCCGUUGGAAUGGAGAUGAAUAUCUUGUAUCUUCUUCAUCGGAGUGGACUUUACCAGAUGUCGCUGUCUUAUUCGUAUCUAGCCGAGAUGAUGCGACGGCAGUCCAAACCAGAACCAUUGCCCACACUUUCCUAGAACGACAUGGAAUUCCGGCCAUGGUCAUAUCGGACGAGCCUCUCUGGGAGAGAAAUGCCGAAACUGUCCCCUUAAAUGAAAGCAGUCUUCACAUUUGUCUAGAGACCCGGCAUACAAAAACCGGUGAGCCAAUAAUUUUGCGUCGUUACCCGAUUGAUCUGAAGACAUUCGAAAGCAUAACGCCUAGUCAACUCAAUAAAAACCUGGCUUCACUUAUGGAUCUGUACCCAAAGAAGGCCCACAAAGUCUCCACAAAUGUUUCAAAUCUAACAGAAGCUGAGCGCUACUCAUUUAUUGACACCGAGAAAUAUCCCUUCAACUGGCUUGUACCGUUGUGCAAUUCUCGAGCUCCACAACUAGGUGCAAUACUACGUCUUGCCACUUUGACACUCAUUUCUGCAAUUGCCCUUUCUCUUGGAUAUGCAGCACUGAAAGCCAUUGUCAUCUUUAUGGUGCAAUGGGUCGCUAGCUCAGCGCUUGCUAGCGGUUCCGCUGCAACGCCGAUACCAGUUAUUCCAUCAAAUGAUCAGCCUUUGGAGUACAUAGCACACAAAUCUCUCGCUACACGAUCUCCGGGGGAUGUAGAAAGUGUUUAUGAUCCCGCUACAAUUUGGCCAGCCACUGAAUCGUCUAUCGCACAUAUUAUUGCGACUUCAAGUUCACCCAUACCAGGCGAUCAUUUUGAAAUUCAAGUAAUUGGGGACUGCCAUGUGGUUAUCAGGCCCUCUCGCAAACUCGGAUUUUCGAGGAAGCAGCCAAAAUUCACGGUUGAUGUUCACCGAGACGGCAAAGCCCUACCACAUGAGCUAUCUGAGAUAUUUGAGGGCGUCUACUCCUUACGCUUAGAACGAGAGGAUGCGUAUGGCUUGGUCAAUAUGACUAUUGUUGCACAAUCUAAGUCACGAGUCAACCAAACAAUCCUCCUUGACUUUGGGACGCCAUGGCUGAAGAUUGCGAAUUGGAGACAAGCAGCUCAAAGGGUUUCUUCGAAAUUCACGAAAGAUUUGCAAGUCGCCCAAACUGGGUUGUCAGAAGUGUACGGUCGAUUGUCAACAGAUCUACAAGUCAUCAUGGGGGACGUGGUCAAAAGAUCCCAUUUUGUACGCAGCGAUGCUGAGCGUCUCCGCCAUGAGAGUCUACGCGUCCGUGACAGCGUCUUGUCUCGAUCUAAGCAGAUCUCAGAAAUAAUCACACAGAAUGCUGUCCAGCAAUGGCGAAGUGCGUUCUCAAUUCUACAUAGUCGCUCCGUUCAUGUUAAUCAGGAGGCUAAAGGGCUUCUCAGUGAUGUUUGGGGACGUCUAGGUAGGUCAGCACCCCAAGUAGAUAUGGGAUCCAUGAGAGAUCGAGUACGCAGUGCGAAGCGUGCUACGCUGGGUAAAGCCCAUACUCGCGCACGCAGCUUCCUGGAGCAUGGGCGCGCAGGAAAGGAGGGUUCCGAUGACAGUGCAGGUCGCUGA